UACUCUAAUAAUCUAUUCACAUUUAUUUAUUUAGAAUAAACCAAAAUUUCUAAUAACAUCAAAUCAAGUAUUAUCAUCAAAUGAUGAUAAUGAAACGAAUCAAGUUAUUUUAACCGUCAAAAAUAUUCAAACAUUAUUACUUAGUGCUAUUGAUAAAUGUCCACGAGCUUAUAGUGCUAGUUGGUGUAAAAUUUUACGUGUUCAAAAACUUCAACAAAUUCUUAUCAUUGUUUUAAAUGGUGUCACUGAUGAAAAUUAUAAUCAAUUAAAAGAUACUGAACUCUUUCAAGAAUGGAAACAAUUAUUCACUUCGGAUAAUGUUUGUCAUACAUUUCGUUUUCAUACUCAAAAGAAUAUACCAUUUAUUGAACAAUUUAGUAAAAUAGCAGCAAAAACAAAAUCUACAAAUCAGUCAAAAGAUCAUUCAUUAUUGAAAAGUAAAGCUGAACAAUUAAGUAAUAAAAAACGUUCAUUCGACGAUGAUAAUGAAAAUUCAUUAAAACAAUUUAAAAAAUCUUGUGAAGAUCAAUUUUCUCGUGUAAAUUUAGUUUUAAAUUUAAAACAAUUGCUUACUGGAAAUUAUCCAUGUCCAAUAUAUAAUGAAUUUAAAAAUUUUAAACAAAUCAAAUCAUCAUAUAAACCAAUAACAUCUUCAAGUAGAAUAUUUGCAUUAGAUGUUGAAACAUUUUCUGAUAUGAUUAAUAAUCGACAAAUUCCUUAUUGGAUAUCAAUUGUUGAUGAAGAAUUAAAUUGUAUUUAUCAAACAUUAAUAAAACCAAAUGAUAAUCAACAUAUGGAAAAUUAUCAACAACGUCGAGAACAAGUUAUUAAAAUUGUUCCAAAUAUAAUUGAAAGAAAUUUAGAACAAGUUCAUGAAGAUCUUAAAAUAUUAUUUGAUGAUGAUUUAAUAUUAGCUGGACAUAGUAUUGAAAAUGAUCUUAAAUAUUUACAAAUCUAUUAUCCAUAUAUUAUUGAUACAUCAAUUAUUUUUAAUGUUACUGGAACAAGAUUAGAAAAAACAAGUUUACAAAAACUUUAUGCUAUUUUUUUUGGACGUUUAAUACAAAAAACUCGUCUUGAACAUGAUCCAACAGAAGAUGCACGAGCUACAAUGGAAUUAAUACAAUUAAAACUUAGUAAAAAUAUUGAAUUUGGUGAUUGGUUUCUUGGUGGUGUUGAUCAAUUAAAAGUUUUAGGAAAUUAUGAUUCAUUACAAUUAGAUGAAAAUAUUCAACAAUGUCAAACAUUUUUAGCACAAACUAAAUUUGGUUUACAAGAAGAUUUUUUUAAAAGAAUUAAACAACAACAUAAAGCUUUGAUUAUUGAACAAACAUUGAAUGAUAAAAAAACUUCUUUACCAACAAUUGAAGUUGAUUCAAAUCGUCAAGCUUUUAAAACAUGUAUUAAACAAUUAGAUACACAUGAAUUUCUUUGGGUUCAAUUUUAUGUUCCAUUAUUAAAUAAUAAUGAUGAUAAUCAAUCAUUAAUUAAAAUAAUAAAAUAUGUUAAAAAACUUUAUAAAAUUUUACGAGAAGAUUCAAUUCUUAUUGGAAUUUUAUCUGGACAAGAUCAUUUUGGUCGAUGUUUUGUUAAAAUUAAAGAUGAUGAAAAAUUAGCUCCAUUAAUUAUUGAUGGACAAGAAUAUCCAUACGAUUUAAAAUUAGUUAAAACUACAUAA